CGUGGUCGGGGGCGGGGAGAGCGCGGGGCCAGCGGAUGGCACGGGGCGGGCUCGGGGGCCGGCAGGGCGCGCACCUUCGCGCGGCCGCGCAGAUGGAGGCGCUGGGCGCCGGCCCCCGCCGGGGGCGCGCCCAGGUACAGGAGGCGGCCCUGCAGAAACUCGCGCUGCGGCCGAAGAAGGCGCUGAGCGCCCAGGAGAUGGACCCGGACGAGCUGCGCAGGCGGCGGACGGCGCCAUCGACCCGACGUGUUCAGAGCCCGGUGGCCCUGCUGACGCUGCACGUGGCGCCCCUCGCCGUCCUUCAGAUGCUCCGUCCGUCCGUGUGCUGAACAGAGGCUGCCGAGCGAGCCCUAGCCCCCUGCGGCCGUGUCUGCCCCCAUCGAGCGUGCCCGAGACGAGAGGUGCCGGCAGCUGGCUUGGUGCUUGUCUCAGCCACCCACCAUGGCCCAGGAGCUGCCCAGCACUGCCAGCCUGGCAUGCUUCUGCCAGAAGCUGAACCGGCUGAAGCCACUGGAGUACACCAUGGAGACAUCGCUGCGGCGCUGCUUGACCACGCUGGACCUGACCCUACUGGGUGUGGGUUGCAUGGUGGGCUCAGGCCUCUAUGUGCUCACAGGCACUGUAGCCAAGGAGAUGGCUGGCCCUGCGGUGCUCAUGUCUUUCGGUGUGGCCGCCGUGGCCUCCCUGCUUGCAGCCCUGUGCUAUGCAGAGUUUGGGGCACGUGUGCCCCGCACUGGCUCUGCCUACCUGUUCACCUAUGUGUCCAUAGGUGAGCUGUGGGCCUUCCUCAUCGGCUGGGAUGUGCUCCUUGAGUACCUCAUUGGUGGGGCUGCCACGGCCCGCGCCUGGAGCAGCUACCUGGACUCCAUCUUUAGCCACCGCAUCCGCAACUUCACUGAGGCCCAUGUGGGCAUCUGGCAGGUGCCCUUCCUGGCCCGGUACCCGGACUUCUUGGCUGCUGGCAUUGUACUUUUGGCCUCCACAUUCAUCUCCUGCGGAGCCCGCAUCUCUUCCUGGGUCAACCGCACCUUCUCUGCCAUCAGCCUGGCCAUCAUCCUCUUCAUCAUCAUCCUGGGGUUUGUCCUGGCCCGCCCACACAACUGGAGUGCUGAGGAGGGUGGCUUUGCACCCUUUGGCUUCUCUGGCAUCAUGACUGGCACUGCCACCUGCUUCUACGCCUUUGUGGGCUUUGAUGUCAUUGCUGCCUCCAGCGAGGAGGCCCGGAACCCGAAGCGAGCAGUGCCUAUGGCCAUCGCCAUCUCACUUGGCCUGGCGGCUGGUGCUUAUAUCCUCGUCUCCACUGUGCUCACCCUCAUGGUGCCCUGGCACAGCCUGGACCCUAACUCAGCACUCGCUGAUGCCUUCUACCAGCGAGGCUAUAGCUGGGCGGGCUUCAUCGUGGCGGCUGGCUCCAUCUGCGGUAAGGGGCCCUUCUGGACAAUGAGGGAGGGAACAGGGUGGUGGGGCCCUGCCCUAAGCCUCCAGGGAGCAUAUCUCCAUCUGGGCCUGUGCUCCCAGUUGCAUCCUGGGCCCAGGAAGGUGCUAAUGAUUAAACUCUCCACCCGGGCUUGUUGGGAGGGACCUCCUCACCGCCCCUCCCAGUUGUACAUAGAAUGUCAGUUCUGGGCAUGCACUUCCAGAUCCUGCCAGGCAGAGGGACUCAGCCCCCAUCAGAUUCUUCAGUGGGCCUGUCACCUCAACUGGGGUGUCCCAUUCCUGGGUGGUGAGGGGGAACAAUCCAGCACCCACAUACACUCAGGCUCACUCUCAGAGCCCAGAAAACUCAUGCCCAUGUUCCCAAGGGGCCACCCAUGCCCUGGCCCCCAGCAGCAGCCCUUGGUGGGCCUGCCCACCACGCCGACCUCUCUCCCACACUCUGUCACAGCCAUGAACACUGUCCUGCUCACCGCCCUCUUUUCCCUGCCUCGCAUCAUCUAUGCCAUGGCCGUCGACGGGCUCUUCUUCCACGUGUUUGCCCAUGUGCACCCCCGGACCCAGGUGCCUGUGGUGGGCAUCCUGGUGUUUGGGGCCCUCAUGGCUUUCCUGGUGCUGCUGCUGGACCUUGAGGCACUGGUCCAGUUCCUGUCCAUCGGCACACUGAUGGCCUACACCUUCGUGGCCACGAGCAUUAUUGUGCUACGCUUCCAAAAGGCCCCUCCAGCCAGUUCCCUGGGCCCAGCCAGCCCUGGCCCCAUGGCCAAGGAGUACAACUCCUUCUCAGACCACAUACAACUGGUGGGCACAGAGCCAGCCUCAGCCCCUGAGCCUGGGCAGCUGCGACCAGCCCUGAGGCCCUACCUCGGCUUCCUGGGUGGGUGCAGACCCGGAGCCGCCGUGGCUUGGGCACUCGGUGUCCUGGUGGCCUCGGCCAUCACCCUGGGCUGCGUGCUGGUCUUCGGGGACUCGGCCCUGCAACUCCCGCCCUGGGGCUACACCCUGCUGCUCCUGCUCAGCUCCGCCACGUUUCUGCUCAGUCUCCUCGUCCUGGGGGCCCACCAGCAACAGCACCGGCAGGACACCUUUCAGGUUCCCAUGGCGCCCCUGACUCCCGCCCUGAGCAUCCUCCUCAACGUCGUCCUCAUGCUGAAGCUGAGCUACCUGACCUGGCUGCGCUUCUCCAUCUGGCUGCUGAUCGGACUCGUGGUGUAUUUUGGCUACGGCAUCCGGCACAGCAAGGAAAACCAGCGGGAGAGGUCGGAGUUGACUGCCACACACUACGUGGUGUACCCCAGCAGCAGCCUGGAGGCAACGGUGCAGGCCGUGCAGCCCCCCAGCCAGGCACCAGCCAAGGAGCCCGGCCACACAGAGCAGCCCGCCAGUCCAUGAGUACUGCUGGGGUCCUGCCCUCCCUCCCCCACCUCCUCAGGAGGCCGGAGGGGCUGGCAGCCCCUCUAUCCAGGGCAGCUCAGGUUUGCAGGCCUGCCCAUGCUGUGGGGUACUCAGGACCUCAGGACCUUAGCCCAGGUGCCGAGCUUCGAGUCUUUGGGAGUGGGCUGUGGCCAGCGCUGGUUUGGUGGACUCUGCCCAGCGCCUUCCAGUUUAUGACUAACUCCAGCUACCUGGGUAGGUGGAGUAGGGCGGGCAGGGAAGAAGCCCGAACCCCA